GUUGUACAACCCCACCACGUGCAAGCCGCCGCAAGUUCAAACUCAAUAGAAGGCACUUACUCUAAUUUGUGAUUAUUUUCAUUUCUGAAAUAUAAACGCUUUUGAUCAAGGUUGCCAUCGUGGAGGUCAUAAGGAGAGCACUUCCGCGUCGGUGGAAUACUGUCGGCUUCAUCCAGAAAUUACUUGCUACAAAACCUGUCGCAAUGGCUUCUAGUCCGAGUGCAACCGAUACAAAGCUGGGGAAACCCAAGCUGCAUGGAAGGGCAUUCUACGACAGCAUAGGUAGUCCCAAGUUUGUUCUUGCGCCUAUGGUUGACCAGUCUGAGUUCGCCUGGCGCAUGCUCACUCGAUCGUUCCUCACCCCAGCCGAGAACGCGAAACUCCUAGCUUAUACUCCCAUGCUGCAUGCUAGACUAUAUGAAGAGACGAUAAAAUAUAGAAACUCGCAUUUCGAGCCGAUCCAGCCUCCUACCGAUUCCAAGUCACCGAGCCCCGCGCCCUCACCGUCAGAUUUAGAGCAGUCCCAACCCGUACCAUUCCUUGACGGCAAUCCGGCCUUCGACCGACCUCUCUUCGUACAAUUCUGCGCCAAUGAUCCUGAACGUUUGUUAGGUGCAGCGAAGCUAGUAGCGCCAUAUUGUGACGCCGUCGACUUGAAUUUGGGAUGCCCCCAAGGAAUUGCGCGUCGAGGCCACUAUGGCGCAUUCCUACAGGACGACCAAGAGCUUGUAUACAAUUUAAUCAACAAUCUACACAAGAAUCUUUCUGUACCUGUCACAGCUAAGAUCCGCAUAUUGGAUACUAAAGAAGAAACUCUGGCGUAUGCGAAGAAUGUGUUGGCCGCCGGUGCCAGUAUCAUUACUGUGCAUGGAAGGAGGCGAGAACAGAAAGGGCAUAUUACGGGCGUCGCGGACUGGGAGUACUUGCGCUACUUGAGAGAAAACCUACCAAAAGAUACGGUCAUUUUUGCCAAUGGCAACGUGCUCCAGCACGACGAUAUAGAGCAAUGUCUCGAGGCAACUGGCGCUGAUGCUGUUAUGAGUGCGGAGGGCAACCUGAGUGACCCAGCUAUCUUUGCGAAAUUACCACCACCGGGACAAGAAGGGAGAGAGUACUGGCGCGGCAAGGAUGGCAAAGGUGGCUAUCGAAUAGACGCCGUGUUCAGACGUUAUAUGGAUAUCAUACACAAACACGUCCUACGGCACGACCCACCAGUUCGGAGGCCAUUGUUCGUUGUCGGCGAUGACGAAAGCUUUAUUGCUGAAGGACGAGCGAGAGAUGCAGAACAAGAAGAACCUGCACGCAAGAAGCGGAGGAAGGACGGUGGUGGCAAAAACGAGAAGUGCACCUCACCAAAUUUACUCGCAAUGCGGCCACAUCUCUUCCAUCUCCUUAGGCAUUUCAUAUCAAAGCACACAGAUGUACGUGACCUCCUCGCGAAGUGUCAUGCUGGUGACGUCUCCACGAUCGAGAAGAUUCUCGAGGUGGUGGAGCGGCACGUAGCGGAGGGGCUUAUCGAGUACGAGAAGACUGGGGACAAAAGCAUCGAAGAACCGGAGCCCAAGCCCAAACCCAUACCCGAGUCCCAGAUAGAAGGCAAAUUGGCGGUAGAAUCUGAAAACACAGAAGACCCAGAAAGCUCAGUAGCGACAGUCAAGAAGUGCAAGAGGCCAUUCUGGAUCGCGCAGCCGAUAGUUAGGCCGUUACCCAAGGAAGCCCUUGCGAAUGGGAGCAUUACAUUAAAGAAGAAGGAGUUGGAUAAGCAGGAAGCACCAGAGGCACUGAAAGCCAAAGUUGAGGUUGACAAGGAUGUCGCCGAUGGGCAGAAGACCAAUGGCCGGAGACCGGAAGAGGAGUUACCGAAACCGGACGGCGUGGAGAGUACUAAAGAGCCGGGCAUGGACCCGAAGAAACCGGCGCUUACGGCCGAUGAGCUUAUUUGUGGGUAGAAAAGUAUAAGGACGGGACGGGACGGGACGGAAUCAGGGUAGACAAGGUUAGAGAAAAAUCUCAACGAAGGACAAUCUAAGUUAUUAUUAUGAUACAUGAUAUAGUAUCAUACAGUGACAUACACACAACGCAUAGAAAUACACGCUCAAAGUAGAAGCCAA